CAGCAUUCCUUCUGAAUACGACUGCUGAAAGCUCUGCAGCACCUGCAGCCUCCGGUGGGACUACAGGCACUGCCAGGGUUACAGCCACUCAGAGGGGAACAGCCUUUGGGUUCACUCCUCUCCUGGGGAAACAGUGCACUGCUCUCCUCACUUCUACUGACAGAUUGAGAGCAGAGGAGUGUGCAUCAAGAGCCACAAUGACAGAGCCAACGUCUAAAAAACAGGGAUUUAAAAAAUGUCGCAGUGCCACUUUCAGCAUCGAUGGCUUCAGUUUCACCAUCGUUGCAAAUGAGGCGGGGGAAAGCAACCGCCAUCCACUGGCCCGCUUUGCACGCUCACAGUCCCAGAAUGCACUAUCCACUGCCGUCACAGCCGCCAUUGGCAUCACUGAACCCAAAGGAAUUCAGAUUGACCCGCGCAGCGCCGCGGAGAUCCUGGCUGAUGAGCUGCCAACGCCUGAUGCACCCGACGCCAUGGAGAAGACUGCUAUCAGGUUGCGAUGUCUCAUAAAGCAGCUGGAGAGGGGGGAGGCAUCUGUGGUGGACCUGAAGAAAAACCUGGAGUACACCGCCUCGGUCCUUGAAUCUCUAUACAAUGAGGAGACUAGGCGGCUGGCGAAUCCCGAAGAUGAGCUAAGUGACAUCCAGUCAGACUCGGUGCCGUCAGAGGUUCGCGACUGGCUGGCUUCCACUUUUACCCGGCAGAGGGGUCUGAUGCUGCGCCGUAACGAAGACAAGCCGCGCUUCCGCAGCAUCGUCCAUGCAGUGCAGGCUGGCAUCUUUGUGGAGAGGAUGUACCGACGAAGCUCCAACAUAGCUGGUCUUAAUUAUCCCCAAAAUGUCAUCACUGUGCUCAAGCAUGUGGACAUGUGGUCAUUUGAUGUGUUUGCACUGAAUGAUGCUAGUGGAGACCACGCUCUGAAAUUUGUCUUCUAUGACCUGCUCACCAGAUAUGGCUUGAUCAAUCGUUUCAAGGUCCCUAUUUCUGCUCUCAUAUCAUUUCUGGACUCGUUGGAGGCGGGUUACAGCAAAUACAAGAAUCCCUACCACAACUUGAUGCAUGCUGCUGAUGUCACACAAACCAUCCAUUACCUGCUCCUCAAGACUGGCAUAGUUCACUGGCUUACUGAGUUGGAGAUCUUUGCCAUCAUUUUUGCAGCUGCCAUCCAUGACUUUGAACAUACAGGGACCACCAAUAACUUCCAUAUUCAGACCAGGUCAGACACAGCCAUGUUGUACAAUGACCGAGCUGUUCUGGAGAACUACCACGUCAGUGCUGCCUAUCGCCUUCUGCAGGGUGAUGAUGAAAUGAACAUCCUUACUAACCUUUCCAAAGAUGACUGGAGAGAGCUGCGGACACUGGUAGUGGAGAUGGUGUUGGCCACGGAUAUGUCCUGCCACUUCCAGCAAAUCAAAGCCAUGAAAAGCGUCCUGCAGCAGCCUGAGGCAAUUGACAAACCGAAGGCCUUAUCCCUGCUGCUGCACACUGCUGACAUCAGCCACCCUGCCAAAAACUGGGACCUCCAUCACCGCUGGACUACAUCGCUGCUGGAGGAGUUCUUCAGACAGGGUGAUAAAGAAGCAGAGCUGGGUCUACCUUUCUCCCCUCUCUGCGACCGCAAAUCCACCCUGGUGGCCCAGUCCCAGAUUGGAUUCAUUGACUUCAUUGUGGAGCCAACAUUCACUGUGUUGACGGAAAUGACCGAGAAGAUUGUGACGCCGCUUAUUGAGGAGGCAUCUCGCUCUGGAUUGUCUGGCUUCAGACGCUCUAGUUUCAACAGUAUCAGUGGCAGUGAUGAAAAGAAGUCCAGUGUGAAGAGUACAGGCUCAGAGGCCAGCUGCUGUCUGACCACAGUGGACUUCAAGAGCUUCAAGUCCACAUGGAACCAAGACAUUCAUCGCAACAGGGAGACAUGGAAGGCCCAGGCAGCCAAAGACCUGGAGGAAAAGGGUAAGAAGGAAAAGGAAGGCAGUCAGGAAGAGAAGGACACAGAAGAGGAUAAACAGUCACGGGGACCCAACACAGGACAGGAGGAGAUGAAAACAGAUGUGGAAGGACAGGAGGACGUGCAGAACAGGAGGCAACAGGAGGAGCGAAAGCCUAAAGAGGAGGAGGGGCACAAUAAUCCCAAUGGAGCCGCAGGAUCCCUGCUGGUAUCGGGCCCAAAGAACACAAACAAGAAGAAGCCUGACGGCCACACAGAGAAGCAGUGGCGGUGGCAGAAUGGCCCUCAGCCUGACUUCCCUCUGAUCCAUCACUGCAAGAGACCCAGCUACUCUGCCAGCUCCUUCCGGCGGGUCAGGUCAAAGGUCACCGAGAUGCGGCCCAUCGAUGCCAGGGGGAAAGCCAGGCGACUGCAGUGCAUAUCCCUGCGUCGCCGAAAGUGACCUUAUACAGGGUUUCUGCGGGGGUCUUAAAAAGUCUUAAAAAGUCUAACAUUUCUAAAUCUAAAUUUUAGGCCUUAAAUUUGCUGAAGUAUUGUGGUAUAGGUCUUAAAUAACUUUAAACAGGUCUUAAUUUUCCUAUGUCCAUUGCAUAUUGCAGGCUGAUCUUCUGCUUGAUUUAAUCUUGUAUAGGUAACUGUUGCUGCAUCAUCACCACCACCCGCUUUUGGUGAUAUCUCUCCCCUUAAUCACUGCCAACUCCUUUGUGUGGACCAACCACUUCUUUUAAAAUCUCAUCUCAAACUAUUAAGUUUUCUUUUGCAAAAUCAAUUUUUAUCAAUAAUUCUUAUUUCUAUUUUGUUU